AUGCCGCAUUCGCACUACUCUGACGAGCAGCGCCGUUGGGUCUGUGAGAACAUCUGGACCUACGACCGCGAUGGCUUCAUCGCGGCGUACGCGGCAAAGUUCAACGAUCCGAAUUUCGGCCGAUCCCAGUACAAGUGGGUUUGCCAGCACUAUGCCCGCUCCGAUGACUAUGGUCAUGCACUUCUCUACCCUCCGUUCGAGGGUGCCAAGCCUGGUGAUCCCGGCGCUCACGGAUGGGUUCCUCCUUCUGUCCUGAAGUCGGAGGCAUUUGUCGACUCUGAUCCCUCGGCUGAGGCCUUCUUGAACAAUGCGGGCGAUACUGCCCAGAACCAGGGCGUUGACCAAAAUGCCGAGAAUCAAAUUGACUCGGCCAACGGAGGCGAGUAUUCUCAGGACCAGAGCAUCGACGACAACGUCGAGAACGAUGAUGCCAUGGUCGGCAUGGUCAAUAGCGGCCUGGAUCAGAGCCUUGACGACAAGCUCGAGGGACAAGCCGACUUGGCUAAUGCGAAGAUGUCCUCGCCAGCUGUGACGGACUCGAACACGCAUGAACUUGACAUGCCUCUCGGUCAAGACACCUCCCCGGCAGAGCCAAGCGCGAACUCGGUCUUUGAUAUGGCAUAUUCGAUGAACUUGGAUGGACCUCCCGGAGAUCCUGAGUUCUUUGGCCAGUCUAGCCCUGCGAGCCGGGGUAAUGCCAACUCUGCGCAGCCGUUUGCUGCUGCAAGCGCGAGCUCGUUGAUGCCCCCCCCGGGUGGCGCCAAGCGCUCUCAUAGUUCUCCCUCGCUUGCCCAACCUCGCAAGCGCUCGUCAGGGGCACAUGCGGCCUUCACAGCAGAUCACGAGGAGGACGAUGGAAUCUUCAUUACUGAGUCGCCAACGCCACAGGCACGCCGUCAGGGUGGAUUGGUGGUCGUUCCGAAGCCUGGUGUCAUGGUGAAGAAGCAGAGGUCAGCCUCUGGCCCUGCGACCUCACCCCUUACCCGAGGUGAUUUGAAUGUCCAGCAGCUGGUGACCGCAGCACGUCCUGCACAGACCAUCAACACAGAGCAGACUCGACGGCUCGCCUCAGCUACUGCACCCCGUGCUAGCGUGAAUAUUGGAGGGGCUGCCACUAGCGCGCGAGGAGGAGGAGAUAUUCCCAGGCAACAAGCUCUCCCUUUGUUUACUUUGCCCGACAUUGCUAUGCCCCCGCCCGUCGUCACUCGACAGUCUCCCUUCCAGGUCUACCCUUCUCCCCAGCCCGUCUUUGGCUAUACCUCCCCCCAGCCCGUCUUUGGCUACCCUUCUCCGCACCAAGGCUUUGGCCAUCAUUCUCCUCCAUUCGGCUUGGGUAUUUCUCCUAUCCGCUUGCCGCAGACAAACCACUCGCUCGCGUACCCUAGCGCACUCGAAAUCCUUCAAGGUCCCGGACCAACCCCAGCGAACCCUUUUCACCCUGCUCUUAACCCGCUCCGACCUCAGCGAGCGCUGCUAGCUGAUCCCUUCGUGAGUGGUCCUGGACAGGCUUAUCCCGCCACAACCUUCAACCGCAGGCUGCUUGAAGUACAGCACCAGGAUCUGGACCGUCGACGUAGCCGUGGCUCUCGUAACAACUCUCCCCACCUUGGACUUUUCAACCCCCCUGGAUCUUUGGACCCCUCAUCAUCUGGACCAGCCAACAAGCGCGGUAAAGGAGCUCAGCAGCUUCAGCCACGCAACAGCGGCAUCAAGGCGGACAAUGCCAAGCCCGGUGAGAAGGACGACGACGAGACUAUCUCGCAGCUUGAGAGCCAGGACGGUGCUGCCCCUCGUCCUACCUCACGUCUCGCUCAGCGUACCUUCAGCUCCAACACGGCCGAGCAAGCUAUCCGUGAUGCUCGCGCGCAAGCAGCUUCGCGUCCUUCCUCUGCUCUGUCUGUCGAGUCGCAAUCCAGCAUUCUCCGACAGUCUCACUAUGACAAGUCGGGUGUCGUCAAGGUCGACUCGGCUGGCUUGUGGUUCAGCAAGGCCCACGACACUUGCAUGAUCAACCAGAUGCACCGCCAUGACCUGCAGGGCGGCGUCUACUUCCAGAGCACCGGUGACGUUGAAGCCACUCUUCACAACCACUUCAACGAUACCAGCGGCAAUGUUCUGGACUUCAUCACCCAGACGUACCACCCUGGCCUCCCCGCCCAUCAGGGCGGCGGAAGCGCCAACGAUGCCAUCGACAAUCAGCUCAAGUACAUCAACAUGGCUCACAUGACUGGUGAGCAGUAUGCGGCCGUCAAAGACGGCAUCCCGACCCUCGAGGCGAUUGGCUGGGUCAAGCCACAGGGCAUCGAACCUCCGCCUCCCCAGGGCCCUUACCCCCUGAUGGUGCCUGUCACGAACGGCGUCCCCUUGCCCGCCAUGAAUGCACAGCAGCAGCAGCAGCCGAUGACCAACCCGCUCAACUUUGGCCAGAAUGCCAACCAGCAAGCUGCUGCCAACGCCAACAAGAACGCCAACCAGGGUGGCGGCGUCCAGCCUGGCAACUCUGCCGGCUCUGCCAACGUCCAGCUUGGAGGCACUGCUCCCGCUCAGCUUCCCAUUCCGGAUAUCAACAUCGGUGCCGGCUACCACGACUUCGCGAGCGAGUUUAUCAACUUUGACGGCGGCGACGACCAUCGCGACACCCCGACCAUCGACCCCUGGUACCUCGGAGGAGGCGUCUCGGACAAGGGCAAGGACAAGGAUGACCAGGUCGAGCCCAUGGACAUCGGCCCCCCGGCCGGCAGCACCCCGCCCCUGCCGGAGCCGCCCAGCAAGCUCUACAGCCAGCACCCGGCAGAGGCUGCCUACGACAAGGCCAACCCGAUCUACAACUGGGACCCGUACAACUUUGACCCCAACAUCCGCCCGGACCUGGGCGACGACGACGACGGCGACGUCCCCGACCACGGCAUGUACGGCCGCGGUGCUGGCGCCGGAGGUACCUACGAGCUCCCGGGCCCCGACGCCGACUUCUGGAAGCCGACCGACCUCGACGGCCCCGACGGCUGGGACCCGAACGCGCCCAGCAUGUUCCCUCCCGCCCCUCCUCCGCCCCCUCCCGCUCGCGGCAACGGCGGUCCCGACGACGUGGAGAUCACCGAGGGCCCCUUCCGCCCUGGAGGUUCUAUGGCUGAUUUCCGCGCCCGCAUGGAGUUCCUGGUCGACCGGGACAACAAGUACUGA